CUACAGACAAGAGGCUAUCCAAGAAAUUCAGGAACAUAACAUUUCACAAGGAGGAAGAAAUCAAGUUGACAUCUUAGUCUGCUGGAACCAUAGAUCGAUUAACUUUAUGAGAAGAAGAGGUCUCUAUUCGACCACAAAGACAUCAAUUCAAUCUACGGACAAGAAAAACCUUCAGCUUCAGUAAAAGCAUUAUCUGCUAUCUAUUUGUUGAAAGUAUCAAUUGCAGAGUCCAAUGGGAGCUCAAUAAAACCUGAUUGUGCAGCGCAAGAUCAUAUGGUUUCUUCUGACAAGAAAAACAAAGCCAGCAAGGUGAAGAUGGCAAACCAAUCCCACCAAAUAAAGGUUGCAAAGGGAUUCAAUGGAAUUGAUACAGAAAGAUUCCCAAGUAUACCUUCAGAAAACAGUCAUCAAGAGGGCAUCUUAAGGAGUGUUGAAAGCCAAGUGUUCUUAGCUGUUUGCCCACCUAAGGAAAGCUUCUCUGACUUCCACCAAAGGAGACAGAAAAGUGAAAUGAAAAGGCUUUAUAGACACACCCACCCAGAAUUGAAGGCCCUGAACAAUGUUAUAGACAAGGAGUUAGAGGAAGAGCUGAAUUCAGAACAUGCACACACAGCUACAAGCAACAGAUAUCAGGGGGAGGUUCAGUCUAUGCGGUGGAUGUUUGAAAACUGGACAAUAGAUGACAGUCAUCAUAGAGGUCCACAUACCACAACACAGCUCCAGGAAGAGAAAAUUUCUGAAGGGGAAGAUGUUAAGGGCAACACGUCUAUGUUUGAGCACCGCAAAUCAGGCACUCAUCAAUUCACAGCUACUGCAGGACUGUUAAACGAUUGCACCAGGGGAGAUAUUCACAAAGCUACGCUGAUUUCAGAGAAGCAACCUUUAGAUGCUAUUAAAAGACCUGAUCAAGAUGAUGCAGGAAUGGAAGCUGAAAAGUGGAAUGAAUUAAUCCAGGGUGGGGAUGUAAAGGGAAUGAGUCUGCUAUUGAAAUCCACAGCACUGGAUCCCAUGGACUGCACCAGCUCUGUGGAAGAUCACAGCUUCACCAAGCCGAGGUCUGAAAUUCAAGAGCAGAGGACAGAUGAAGUGAAGACCUUGAACCUUUUUAAGGCAGAGCCCUGCUGUGAACUCUGUGAUAGCUCUGGGAACACGCACAAAACCAAACCCAUGUGUAAGGAACAAUUCCUGAACAGGCGUGUCAGAACACAAUACUGGACAUCUCCAGACAAAGGUGUAGUUGGGGUACAGAUCUGUCAGGGUAUUUAUGUGGAGGAGGACUGGAAAGAUGGUAUUGAUAGGGAUAGACAGGGGUGGAUGACUCAAGGGCAAGCCUUGGAUACUGCAUUUAUGGAAGAAUUGUCAAAUACAGAGCAUACUGUAUCUAAGAAUGAUAUUGUUGGAGCAGAUGUAAGAUCUAUAUUAUGGUCGUUUGAUCCUGAGGAGAAUCAUAAGAACAGCAACAAAAUGAGGUGCCGGGAGAAAGUCACUGUUUCUGGACAUGAAAGGGAACCAGUAAUGAAGAGGAAGCAUGUGUGCGAACCCGCCAUCUUAGAUUGUGGGAAUAAGGAGGGGAAAAGUGAUAGAAAUGCAUGCAGAAUAGAACACAAUGAUGUUAAAUCUUACAAAAAUCUUUUUGAAAUAAGUCCUCAAAGAAAUCUUGCUUAUAAUAAACACCAUGACAACAGAUGUGGCAAUGAAAAAUAUAAUAAAGCAUUGUUUGAGACCACAGCUAUCAAAGACUGUUCCAGCAGCCUGGACCAGCUUAACGAUGGGAAAAUAUUACAUUUGGAAGUCAAGAAAGGUAGGAAAAUCCAUUACUUAAAUAGGGCAUCAAAAGAAGCUUCUUACUCAACAGAAAGCCAGUGUAAGCAGAGUUCCACUUUCUAUUCAGAAAAUGAGAAAAUCGCAAGGACCCAUGAAACAGAUCUCGAUGAUCCAGUAGUGGAUGAGCAAAGGUCAGAUCUUCAGGCAGCCAUACAGAGGCUCCGCCAAGCCACAGAUGAAGCCAGGUCAAUUGAAUAUGCUGUCCAGGAGAGGCAGCAAGCCUCUGCUGAAAAAGUCCAAGACCAGGCUGUCUACCUUUCAACAGUGGAUGAUGUUGUUCGGAGGUCAGAACAAGAGAAAGAGUCAGAUGUUGUUGGAAGAGGCAAUGUGACAGCUACUAUAAAUGUUCUGCAGGGUUCAACAAUUCAACAGCCUUUUGAUAAGGAAGAAAUUGAGAAAGGACAUUUUCAAGCAGCUCUUCGAUCUCUAGAGAAGUCCAGCAUUAAUAUCUCAAAGGGAGGCUUCAAAGCUGCAAUGUUAUACAGACAAGCAGGGAAAUCAUAUUCAGCACAAAAAAAGAAACAAGCUUUGCAGACUGUUUGCAAGCAGGCUAUUGUGGAACCUUUACCCCCUUCACAAACUGAAUUACCCCAUUCAGUUUUAUUGGUGACUGACAAGUUGUCAGCAGUGAAAAGAGUGGCGGAGGUUGAAGUUGUGGAGGAUCAUAGUACAGACAAAACUACUGAUAACAAACCUUCUUCCUCCGCUUUGUCAAAUCAAUCCCAGAAUACUCUACCAUUUCAUCCCAGGCAUGCUAAUCAAAAGCCUGCCAUUCCUCCUAAGCCUGAUUACCUGAAGAAAAUCUGUGGUCCUGCCACAAGGAGUGUACCUGUUCAUAAAAACCCACAGUAA